AUGCAUGAACAUGACAAUAUUCUUCGAAGAGCUGGUCAUUUGGAGAGUGGAGAGAAAAAUUUGAAAAAAAAUUUUAUAACGGAUAAAAAAUUACGGGAUGAGGAAGUGCAAAAAAUUAUUGAAAAGUUUUCAGAACCAUCUUUACAAGAUUUUUCUGCAGAUUCGGACGACGACUACGAAAUGUUAGGUGACGAGAACGAUUCUUUAUCAUCUAAUGAUGAAAAUGAUAUCAGGAAUCAUAAUACAAAAUCCGUGGAAGGUCAUAGUGCUUUUGUGUCAAUAAAAACAGUUGAAGAAUCAACAGGAAUUGCCGAAGAAAAUGCAGAAGUAGGAGAAAGCACGAACAAUGUUAGAAAGCGGCAAAAGAAUGAAAAAUUAUGGAUACAAAAUCAUAGGAAAUUGAUGCGAAAUUCUGGACAACAAUAUCUGACUAAACACGUAUACAAUUUAACUUUGUAUGACUUGGUGACUAAAGAAGGCUAUUGUAACUUUUGGAUGGAAAUUAAUGGUGAACGAAGUUCUGAUGAAGUUGGUUCAAUUUUACUAAAGCAUCUUGAAAACACUACCUAUUACAGUCGAGCACGUCAUCUUGUAUUCAGAUUGCUGUGGUGGACAAAAUCGAAUCAGGUAAUUAAUUAACGAAUUAA